AGGGCAGGUGAAUGUUACUCAGAGAGGGAGAGCUUAGCCCCACCAAGCGAGGACAAGUCAGGAGACCUACGAGAAGCCAAGGGGCCAGGCUACUACUGGGCAGAGUGAAUUGAGGUAAGGCAGACAGCUUUUGUCCAUGGAGGUUUCUCUUUGCUAAUAAAGGAGAGACAGGUCUGGCCUUGUACACUGUCUGGAGGUCAGUCAUCUCACCGUGGAGAAAGUACCUGGACCACAGCAAGUGGGCAGGUAUUCUAGAGAGACAUGGCCUGCCUUCCCUCCCUCUGAUGCCCUCCUCCCUUGGUCAUGAGCACCUCAGUCUCUUCAAUUUCCCUACAUCCCUUGUAAUUUCUCCCUUUGCAAAGCUCUAGGAGACUGGGCUGGUUGACAGUUUAUGCCCUCCAAAAUCUGGAAACAGAUUGAAGAUAGCAGAUAUGAACCACCACUUUUUAAUAUUAACUAUUCCAACAGCAAUUGCAGUGAUGACAAUGAUCUUAUCACCCGCACAAGCCCAAAACCAAGCAGAAACAGAGCAAGGCUUUCAGCACAUGCACACAGACAUGAAAGCAACCUUCCUGAUAUUCCUGAGUAUGGAAGAUGAGUAUUGUCUGGGCACUCUGAUCCACAAGCAAUGGAUUCUCACGGCAGCUCACUGCUACUUACCAUUUAUUGAAAUGAAUAUUGCUUCAAACGAGGAAUUUUUCUACAGCGACAUGGGGGAGUUAAAGUUCCUUUUGUCUGUCCAGCACCCAAAUUUCAGCAGAGAUUCUGCAGAGCACGACCUCAUGCUCAUCAAACUGGAGACUCCCGUGGAACUCAAUAAGCAGCUGACUUUGGCCGUUCUACCCACAGCCACAGACGGCAAGACAGGAGAGAACUGCACUGUUUCUGGUUGGGGCUGGACAUGGCGAACACCCUUUACAAGCCCUGAUAUCCAGGUAGAACAGAAGGUUCUUUGGUUCUCUGAAAAAUACUGCCAAAAGCCCCCUACAAGACAAAUUCCUGUUGAAGUCACAGGAAACAUGUUCUGUGCAGGAGUGUCUCUGGACACAAUGCAGUCAUGUACAGAAAUAACCGCUGCCCCCAUUCUGUGCCGAAACCAGCUCCAGGGGAUCUUGUCCUGGUCAGAAGGGUGUGUUCUGAAAGGGGAUGUUGGCUACUACACCAAGAUUUCCCGCUAUACAGACUGGAUCCUCAGAGUCAUCCACACCCACUGAGCCCCGUCGAGUCCCUCUCCAGUGGUCUCCGGACUGGGUUCUUCAUCCCUGAUACUCCCCAUGUUUCUAACACAGAACAAGAUAGGAGUGGA